AACGGAGUUUGUUUAAUCAAUCGCCGGCAAAGAUUAGGGUUCUCGGAUGGUGCCUUUCUCCAAGUAUCACCCACGCGAUCCUCUCGUUUAUUAUGAUUGAAUCGACGCAUGCGUUCUUUCCUCGUAACGUAAUUUUUCCUUCGUUAUGCAUGUCGCGCUUGACAAGUGCGUCCAUUCGUUCAUGACGUUUACCGACGGAUACGCACGCGACUCGUCUGAUAUUCUUUGACGAGUGAAGUGAUUCGGAAAUACCGGGAAAAUAUAUAAAAACGUACAACUAACCUACGUUCCGUCUCGUUAAGAGGUUCAUUAGGUUAUAAAAAACACUGAAAAGUUUAUUUAAACAACAUGGCUGACGUUAAGCAAGAGCAAAAAACCGAAGACGACGAGAAUUACGCUGUCGGUAAUAACACUGAGCCAAAAAAUAUGCAGGAACUCACCGAAUAUGUACAGGCGCUGCUUCAGCGAAUGCAGAACAAAUUUCAAACCAUGUCAGAUCAGAUCAUCGGACGAAUAGAUGAAAUGGGAAACAGGAUAGACGACCUUGAGAAGAAUAUCGCUGACCUAAUGACCCAGGCUGGUGUCGAAGGUCCGGACAAAUGAGCUGAAGCUGAAGCUAAGACUACAAGAGUUGAAAUGUUAACCAAUAAUACACCAAACACAAUCGUCUUCACUGUAUACGCGUGACAACGCAAAUUUAUUCGUCAAGAGUACAGCUGGCAUAGAAAACGAUGUUGUAUUUUAAACAAUAUGAAUAAACGCACUGUUUUUUU